AUGAAUGUUAAUAAUAUGCCUCAAGGUGGACCGCCAGGUUCGGCAACUACUUGGCAAGGGAUGUAUACUGGAGAAGAAAGACAAAGAGUUGUUUCAAUUAUAAUGGAUACUUUAUCAGAUCUUCAUGGAACCAAUCCAAAUUUUGAUUUUCAAAGAUUAACUAAAAUGGCUCAAGAUUUUGAAAAAAUUGUUUAUGAAAAAUCACCAUCAAGAGAUGAUUACUUAAAAGCCAUAAAACUGAAAGUGAAUCAAUUGAGAUUACAAAAACAACAAUUAGGAGGAGGAUCAGCGCCAAAUAAUUCAAAUCAACAAUCACACCCGCCUCAACAACAGCAACAACAACCACAAGUAGUUCGUAAUCAAUUAAAUUCAGCUGGAAAUCAAAAUAUGAGUCCCAUGAAUGCCCAAAAUAUGCAAUUUUUACAACAACAAGCUCAAGUUCGAAGUCAAUCACAAGCUCAAAUUCAAGCAAGACAACAACAACUCCGACAAAUGGUUAAUCAACAACAAGGCCAACCACCAAUGCAACAAGGUCAACAGUCCCAAACACCUUUAAACCAAUCUCAACAACAACAACAACAACAACAACAGCAGCAGCAACAACUACAAGCUCGCCAAAAUCAGAGAGCAAGUGCACAACCACAAAGACAACAACAGCAGCAACCACAACAAUCAAUGUCAUCAUUGGGUGAGAAUGGAUCAGGUUCUGGAAAUCAACAAGUCCCACCCCAAUUACUUCAACUCAUAAGAAGUACACCAAUUCCAAUGCCAUUAUUAAGUAAAAUACCCAAUCUACCAAAAGGUGUUACAACUUGGAAUCAAAUUUUUGACUGUAUUCGUAAAAAAAUAAUUUCACAAGACAUACUACCCUUAAUUAAAGAUAUUCAUUCAACUCAUAUGCAAUUGGUUAUGCGUCAACAACAACAAAAAAUGAGCAUGCGUAAUGAAGGGGCAUCAAUGAAUGGUGGGAAACCAGGAGCAGAUAAUAAAGUAAAUAUGAUGAACAAUGGUGCUAAUGGCAUAAAUCUAAACAAUAUGAAUCCCGAGCAACGUGAAAUGUUUUUGAAAAAUCAAAGACUAGCAGUUCAAAGACAAGGCUUGAAUAAUGCUCAACAAGAUAAUAGACAAAAUCAAAGACCUCCAUCUCAAUCUCAAUCAAUUCCUCAACAAAUGCCUCAACAAGUCCCUCAACCUACCCCACAACUACAACAAGCUCAACAGCCUCAACAGCCUCAGCAACAAGUACAAUCACAGAUACAACAACAGCAAAACCAACCACAAGCUCAAUUAGCACAACAAAAACCUCCACAAUUUCAAAUCACUCAACAAGAUUACGCAAAAUAUUCCAAUGAUGCACUAACUGUAUUGAAUAGGCUACAACAACAAAAGCAAAUUGAUACUCAACUAGACGGAACAAUGAAAGAUACAUUCAUUCGUAAAUAUAUUUUACAUCAAAAGAAUCAGCUUUGGAAACAACAACAGCAACAACAACAAUUAGCUAAUCAGAACCCAACAGGAUUGGGAAUUAGCGCUCAACCACCAACUCAAGCUCAACAACAGCAGACUCAACAACCAAUUAGACAACAACAAAAUAUUCAAAUGCCAGUUCAACAAAAGGGAGUUGUUCCACCACCGAUGGCAAACAUGCCUCACGCCCUGCCAAUGUUGAAUAAUGCAACAACUCCGAUGAUGAAACCAAACACAUUACAACCAAAUAAUUUAUCUUCCCCACUAUUGAAUCAAAGAGGACCAGCUGUUAUGAAUGAAAAUAUGCCAACUAAUAAUAUUGGAGUAAGGCCAAAUACAGCCCCCGCAAAUGUUAGUAUUGCUGCACUACUUCCACCUUUAACAGAUGAAGCAAAACUUCGGUUAAGACAACUAAUUGAAGAUGUUUCGAGAAACAAUGUUUUAUUGAAAGAUGUUACAUCAUUAUUAUCACCCAACGAUAAAUCAAAUGUUAGAGAAGCAAUGAAUAAAAUUCAAGAACAAUAUGGUAAUGUCGACUCAAUCAUCAGCUAUUUUUUUCUACUCACCAAGAAUGCUGAGGGUACAAAACGAUUAAUACAAAUGAAAUACAUGACUAAAAAUAUACUUGAUAAUUUACAUAGAGGAAUAUAUUUAGCUGCUCCUGACUUAUUAGAAAAAUUGAAAAAUCAAUAUGCAAAGUAUUUUGAUUAUGUCAAAGAACAAAUCAACCUAAGACGUCAACAAUUAAAUACCGGUGGUUCAAAUAUACCAAAUCAACCACAAUCACAACCACAGAUGACAGCUCAACAACAGCAAAUGAGGCAAAUGCCUCCAGGUGCUCAACAACAACCAAUGAUGCAAAAUCAAACAAACAGAGCCAAUCAAGCAUUUAUGAAUCAAAAUCCUCAAUCAUCUCCACAAAUGUAUCAAACUCCAAUAAAUCAACCUCCAAAUGCUAUACCUCAACAACAACAACCAAUGCAGCAACCACCAAUACCAACCAAUCAAAUGAAUAUAAGUCCUAAUUGGGUUCCUGGUACUAAUCCAAUGCCACCUCAAAUGCAACAACAGAUACCUCCUCAAUUACAACAUACUCCAAAUCUUCAACAACCACCAAUUCAACAACCACCAAUUCAACAACCGCCACCUCAGCAACAGCAACAACAAAGAAAUUCAGUACUGCAGGCAAAACCAAAAAAAGCAGCUCCAAAAAAGAAACGUACCAGUUCUACAAACGCGGCAACUCCAAAUGCAUUAGCAUCAUCAAUUAAAACUCCUCAUAAUAUAGCAACACCACAAAUUCAAACUUCAGGUCAAUCACCUCCAAUGAAAACGACUCCCUCAGCAUCAGGGACUACACCCAAAAUCGUCACUGCAAAUCCAGUUUCCGUACCAUCAUCAAGUCAAUCUACUAAUAACAAUAGCACAAUUUUUAAAGCACCAGAAAUUGAGAUAUUUUCAGUAUCAAAUGAUCUGAUUAAAAGAAGAGAAUUAUCAUUAACUGAUCCUCGUCAAUUUUUCAUUGAAUCUUUAAAGAAAUUAUUAGAUAUUGAUGAAAAUGGUGAAAGUAAUAUUAAAUCUGCUGCAACUUUACAAGCUAUUAGUUCAAGUUUUAAACAAGUAAGAGAAAUUGAUGAACUUUGUUUAGAUAAUUUAUUCUAG